CAGCGGCGCGGAGCCGGAAGAAGGAGGCGCGGGGGCCGGAGCAGGAGCCGGAUCCUCAGCCGCAGCGGCCGCCGCGGCCAGACAUGGCCGAGACGUACGAUUUCCUCUUCAAGUUCCUGGUGAUCGGCAGCGCCGGCACCGGCAAGUCAUGCCUCCUCCACCAGUUUAUCGAGAACAAGUUCAAGCAGGAUUCUAAUCACACCAUCGGCGUGGAGUUCGGCUCCAGGGUGGUCAACGUCGGGGGGAAGACCGUGAAGCUGCAGAUCUGGGACACGGCCGGCCAGGAGCGCUUCAGGUCAGUGACGAGGAGUUACUAUCGGGGAGCGGCCGGAGCGCUGCUGGUCUAUGAUAUUACCAGCCGGGAAACCUACAACUCCCUGACCAACUGGCUCACGGAUGCACGGACACUGGCUAGCCCCAACAUCGUGGUCAUCCUGUGUGGGAACAAGAAGGAUUUGGACUCGGAGCGCGAGGUCACCUUCCUGGAGGCCUCCCGAUUUGCCCAGGAGAAUGAGCUGAUGUUCCUGGAGACCAGCGCCCUAACAGGGGAGAAUGUAGAAGAAGCUUUUCUCAAGUGUGCCCGAACCAUCCUGAACAAGAUCGACUCGGGUGAGGUCCCAUGGGCGGCCAGGGAGAGGUCUGGGGACAUGGGGCCGGGGAGGCACACAGGGCCCUCUUUAUCUCCAUCUGUGUGCCUGUCUCUGUGCAUCUUUGUGUUGCUGUCAGAAUCAGUUUCCCAGUGGGCCUUUCUCUCUGGGUCUGUCACAUCCCAUACCUCUUUCCCUCUCCCUUGUCUCUUUUCCCCCUAGGUGAACUGGACCCAGAGAGGAUGGGUUCGGGCAUCCAGUAUGGCGACGCCUCCUUACGCCAGCUUCGCCAGCCCCGGGGUACUCAGGCCCAGAGCAGACAGCAGUGUGGCUGCUGACUUUCCUCUCUCCCUUGUGGCUUUGAGGAUUGGACAUCUGCCCCCACUCUGGGAUGCCAGAGAGAAGCUGUGGAUCGGGGACCUGGGGACCAGCUGUAUCCAACACCUUUUCCCCAUUCUGUUCCCUUUCUUUGCCUGGUUUGGCCCACAGUCCUCCCUCUCCCAUCCUGCCCCAGUUUCUCUGAGAGGGCAUUAAGCACAGAGUGGGCUCCCUCUGUACUCCAGGGGGGACUGGGAGGGACCCAUGUCUGAGCCAUUGGGGGCAGAGCUAGGGGGAAUGCCCCCCCAUCUACAACCCUGAGCCUUGGGGUGGCUAUACCUGGCUUGUCACCAACCUUAUGACCUUUUCCAUUAUCUAAACUCUGGGACCAGGGGCAUGAGCCCCCGCCAGUCUCUUCCCUCCCAGAACCCCCCAGGGCCCUGCUGACCCUUGUAAAUGGUAUUUAUUAGACUGGGGGGGCAUUAAGGUGGGGAGGGGACCAUCACCAAGUCUGUUUCCACAUACACACGCACACACAUUAUAUAUAUUGAUAUAUAAAAUGAUGUUUUCUUUUC